CCCCUUCCUCUUCUUUUAGCUGCAGGUGGGGGUUAUGUAGGAUAUGAUCAAUAUGGGCGAUACAAAGAUCGGCAGCUGGAGAAACUUGGCAUUGAAGUGCCACCGCGGAUUGCCAGUGAAAUUCAGCACCAGGCCUUGAAUUCAGCAGCGGCUUAGAAGAGAAGGUGGACUCAUCCUCCGGCUGACCAAUCGCAGUUAAGCAACCCACACGUGACGAGCAGUGAGGGCCGGUCUUUAAGCUUUGCAGCGGAAAACCACCGGGCCAGACGGACUGAGUGAGCGUGAGAGAGGGCUAAAGCCUGCCAUACGCACUAAUCCCUCUACAGUGAUCAUGUGUCAGGGGAGUCUGAAGCAGCAGAAACAGAAGGGGCCAGUGCGGAGCGCUACGGGGAAAUGGUGAGAUGCUGCAGGUCUUUGCACAGCUCUCCCUCUUGCUACAAUCUCCACAGAGUCAGGGUUAAUGUGCGGCGUUUCCGUCCGCCGGGCUCCUCAGCGGGAGCAACAGGGGAGCCCGCACACGGCGCCAACAACGCCGGCACGGGAGGCCCUGGAGCCCCGGGGGGCCCGUCUCAGCUCAGCCACCGGAGCCGAUUCAGGUUGCAGUUCCCACAGUUGGCCCUGCGGCGGCGACUAGGCCAGCUGAGCUGCAUGUCCCGGCCUACUGUUCGCCUUCGCUCAUGGCCUCUGUCCAUCCUCUACUACAUCCUGCCCUUUGGAGCACUCAAACCUCUUGCCAAAGUUGGCUGGAGGCCCACAAGCAGAGUUACAAUCUACAAGUCCAUACCCACAAGACUUCUCUCCAGAGCCUGGGGUCGCUUGAACCAGGUGGACCUGCCAAAUUGGUUAAGGAAACCUAUUUUCAGAUUGUAUAUAUGGACGUUUGGAGUCAACAUGAAGGAAGCGGCCAUAGAGGAUCUACAGCACUACAGAAACCUGGGCGAGUUUUUUAGGCGCAAACUCAAACCUCAGGUCCGACCAGUGUGCGACUCGCACUGCGUGAUCAGUCCAGCUGAUGGCAAGAUCCUUCAUUUUGGCCGUGUGAAGAACUGUGAGGUCGAGCAGGUGAAGGGAGUGACAUACUCACUGGAAACGUUCCUCGGGCCGCACAACUGGACCGAGAAUUUAUCUGCUAACAGAAAUGAGGAUGACCCUGGUACAUACCAGGAUGCCCUGGUCACUAAAGAGGGGAAUGAGUUGUUUCACUGUGUAGUUUAUCUGGCUCCAGGUGACUACCACUGCUUCCACUCGCCUACAGACUGGAGGGUGGCACACAGGCGCCACUUCCCAGGUUCUCUGAUGUCAGUGAACCCAGGAGUUGCGCGUUGGAUCAAGGAACUUUUCUGCCAUAAUGAGCGGGUGGUCUUGAGUGGGGAGUGGACGCAUGGUUUCUUUUCACUCACGGCUGUAGGAGCAACAAAUGUGGGAUCUAUACGCAUCUAUUUUGACAAGGAGCUCCGCACCAACAACCCUCGAUACAGCAAAGGAACUUACAAUGAUUUCAGCUACGUAACAAAUAAUAACCAGGAAGGUGUCAGCAUGAGAAAAGGAGAACACCUGGGCGAAUUCAACUUGGGCUCCACUAUUGUACUGUUAUUCGAAGCUCCACGAGAUUUUACCUUUAAUUUGAAAGCAGGCCAGAAGAUCCGUUUUGGAGAACCUCUCGGGACAAUGUAACGCCUGCGAGAGGGGAACGGAAUCUGAUGAUGGACACGCUAAUCUGUGUGCAGAUGCAUUCAGGGUCUCAAAAACUAA